CUACAGCACAGCACUUGAGACAGUUACUCAUUUUGUCUCAACCAGGCUCUGCCACCCCAAGAGCUUGCCAGCAUGUAUGACAUGGGGGGGCUGGACAACCUGAUUGCCAACACAGCCUAUCUGCAGGCAAGGAAGAGUGCAGAUGGAGACACCAAGGAGAUGCAAAAGAGACGUAAGAGCCUCUCACUUCCCAGGAUGGAUCAAUGCAGUGAUGUUAGACAGUCUGUUAUUGCUGAUUAUGAUAGCAUCUGUGAGCAGCAGCCCAUUGGCAAGAAAUUAUUCAGAGAGUUUUUAGAGACAGUGCCAGAGCAUUUGGUGGCUAGGGACUUCCUGGAUGAGGUAUCAAAGUGGGAGUUGGCAGAGGACGAUGUCAAGAGCAGUACCAUGGAGAAUAUGGUCACCAGUUUUCUUAAGGCAGGCUCCAAAAACUAUCUGGCUUUCAUGAGCUCUGAAUUGGCCAGCAAAUGUGAGGCAGCUACUGUGGAAGACUAUGAGAAUGUCAUGCAGCUGGCCAAGGAGGAAAGCAAGCUCUUCCUUCAAGACAAGCCCUUCCAGGACUUCCAGACCAGCCCUUUCUUUGACAAAUUUAUCCAGUGGAAAGUUUUUGAGAAGCAGACGAUAACUGAAAAAUACUUUUAUGAGUACCGAGUGCUGGGCAAAGGUGGCUUUGGAGAGGUUUGUGCCAUCCAAGUGAAAAAUACUGGUAAGAUGUAUGCUUGCAAGAAACUGGAUAAAAAAAGGUUGAAAAAGAAAGGUGGAGAGAAGAUGGCACUACUGGAGAAAGAGAUUCUGGAGAAGGUCACCAGCCCUUUCAUAGUCACACUAGCUUAUGCCUAUGAGAGCAAAAGCCAUCUGUGUCUUGUCAUGAGCCUCAUGAAUGGAGGGGAUCUGAAGUAUCACAUCUACAAUGUUGGAGAAAGGGGUUUGGCAAUGAACAGGGUCAUCUAUUACUCAGCUCAGAUCACCUGUGGGAUUCUGCAUCUCCAUUCCAUCAAGAUUGUGUACCGUGACAUGAAACCAGAAAAUGUCCUCCUGGAUGAUAACGGCAACUGCAGACUGUCUGAUCUUGGAUUGGCAGUGAAAGUCAAAGAGGGAAAAGCCAUCACUCAGAGGGCUGGGACAAAUGGAUAUAUGGCUCCGGAAAUCCUGAAGGAAGAAGAAUACAGCUAUCCUGUGGACUGGUUUGCUAUGGGGUGUAGUAUUUAUGAGAUGGUUGCUGGGCGAACACCAUUCAAGGAUUUCAAAGAAAAGGUUGGCAAAGAUGAGGUUAAAAGAAGAACUCUGGAAGAUGAGGUGAAAUUUGAACAUGCCAACUUUACAGAGGAAGCAAAAGAUAUUUGCCAACUGUUUUUGGCUAAGAAAGCAGAAAAUCGUUUAGGAAGCAGAAAUGAAGAUGAUGACCCAAGAAAACAUAGUUUCUUCAAAACAAUAAAUUUCCACAGGCUAGAGGCAAACCUUGUUGACCCUCCAUUUGUGCCAGAUCCAUCAGUUGUCUAUGCCAGAGAUAUUUCAGACAUUGCUGACUUCUCUGAAAUACGAGGAAUUGAGUUUGAUGACAAAGAUAAGAAGUUCUUCAAAAAGUUUGCAACAGGUGCUGUCCCUCUAGCCUGGCAGGAAGAAAUUAUAGAAACAGGACUGUUUGAAGAACUAAAUGAUCCUAACAGAGUAGAUUCCAGGGGUUAUACAAAUGGAGGUGAAGCUAAGUCAGGAGUUUGUUUGUUGUUUUAAAUAUCACAUCAGUAACAAAAAGAAUAGAAACCACCUCAGAACUUUCCAUAUUCUGACACUCAGAAACUCAGUGCAUCUGUUUAAUAAGAACUAAUCAGCGUAAUAUGACAUUGACAGGCUAUGUAGGACCAACAGCUGUAUAGACUAUAUUAUUUUCCUUUACUCUAACAAAGGAGGUAAUACUUUUGGUUUAUUGACGAUUUAUCCAGAUGAAGAACUGUAUUUCUCACUUAGAAUGGUAGAAAUUCUGAAAUACAAAAAGCAAUAAUAGAGUGAAGAGGCAACACCUUUUGAAAAUGACUGACUACUAUUUUGAAUACAGUAAUUUGUUGGUUUUCUUUCUAUUUUCUUGUUAUUUCUACUAACAUUUCCUCUUUGUUCUACAGUUUUCAGGAAAGAUUUUUUUUGACAGUGGAGCUCAUAUACCAUGUCAAACUUGGAAUCUUAUUGGUUAGCCAGUCUGUUGUUUUUCUUAAUUUCUGUUAGUUUUUGGAUGGUUUGAUUGUAAUUGUUCAAAUUGUCAUAAUAUGUAAAAGAAGGCUCUACAUAUCACUAGGAAAUAGGACCAACAGGUUCAAACUUUUCAAAGAUUAUUUUAACAAAGUUAGAUCGCACCAAUUUAAUUGAAUAAAGCAUUUAUUUGUUAUUGUUAAGUGUAUUCUUUUAAGUGAUAAUACCAUAUACAAAGAAAAUGAAUUUAUCAGUAAAUACAGAUUCUUUUUAACAGCCAAUUUUAAACUUUUAUCAGGGUUCCUAAUAAUUUUUCUGUAUUUUGGUGAUAAUCUACAAAUAGACCAAAUCUAUUUGAAACCGGCUUUUUACAAGACAUUUACUUCAGUGCAAUAUAAAUUUUAAUUCAGUAGUUGUGAAAUGCAUUAAGCGCUGUAAUGGUAAAAAGGUUAUGUGUGCAAAUUGACACUAUCUUGAGAUGUUCAUUGAUUCUCAUGCAAAUGUUGAUGUGUUUUAUUUUUCAAUUUUAUGACAACCUGAAUUGAAUUAGUUGAAAGCAUUUCUGCAAAUACUUGCUGCUACUGAAGUGUAUUACUCAUGAGAUGCAUCCUGCUGAUUUUCUAUGGUAAGAAAAUAGAUGGUAGUUAUUUGCAACAACGUUUAAAACUGAUUCUGUAUGCUGUUUAUGGUUAUCUAUCUAGCCAUAAUUUCCACUGACUAAAGUGGAAGUUGGAACUGCUCCAUUCCCAGGAGUUCUGGAGGUUGCUAAUACCCCAUUUCCCGUUUUUCGUAGAACAAACCUCCCACUGAACUCACAGAUUUCUUUUAUAUAGAUACUGGGAUCGAAUGCAUAUAUCUGUUUUAAAAGAGAAAAAAACCAAUAGAUAUAAUGUCUUCUAUAGUCGGGUCUAUUGUGUGCAACACAUUAGUAUUUAUAUAUAAUCUAAGAGCUCAUCCCAAACAUUGCAGUUAUCAAAAAACCUUUAGUUUUAAAUACUUUAAGCAAUUUAGUCACAGCUAAGUAGUACAUUGGUAAUACAUUGUGUUGUUUCUAAGUAGAAAAAUAAUUGUUCCUUUUUUUUCCUUCUAAAUUUGGUUUUCCAGUGCUUUAUAUACUCAAUUUUCAAGUGAAAAUAAUGAAGAACAGUGUUAUUUAGGAUUAGUGGGUAAUUCUGUUCAUGAAUUAUGAGCAUUUAAUUGUCUGCCUUUUGAGGGGAGACUUUCUGUCAAAUAGUUUAGAACAAUAUAAGCUGAAUUCUGACUUGGGCUUCUAAUUGGGAAAGGUGAUCCCUUCUUGGACUGUGAAAAGCAGAGGAGGUUGAAAGCAGUCAGUCAUGUGUUUCUGUCACAGAUUUAAGAGUGCUUCCACUGCUGACAUCCAGUGAUUUUAUUUCUUGUUGCUCCCAUCUGUAGAAAGCUCUCACAGAGUGGUAUUAGGCUAAUAAAUUUAAGAAAGACAGAAAACUUUAUUAAAUACACAUUUAAAAAAACAAACAAAAGACCCAUAAAAAACUACAAACACCUCCCCCACACCUUAUUUUAGCUAGGAGAGACCUGUUAGUGCUAGUGGCAUCAAACUUUUGUCCUGAACUGGCACACCUUAAAUCCGUAGAAAUGUCAUUUCACAAAUCCUCCAGAGCGAUAAAACAAUACUCUGAAAUGACUGUACAUUUUCUAGUGAAUAACUGAUUUUUCAGUAUAUACAUGUUUCCGUAUGGAAGAAGUUAUGUGUAGACAGAACCAGAAUUUCAUGUCAUGUUAGAAUCAUAUAUCCCCUAUGAUACCAUGUGUUGCAAGUCUGGGUUUUUCAAAAUGUAUUUCAAUACUGAGAUUUGUGAAUUUGGGACAUAUCGCCAUAAUAUUAGAUUAUUUAGUUUUAGAAAUGUUAUAGUGUCAAUAAAUCCCAGCAGGAUGUAUAUCAGUGAGAUAUUGUAAUGUUAAGUGUUCCAUGAAUCAUUUAAAGCAGCACAUCGGAAGUCUGGUAAUGCACACUUUGGCACAAUGUAUGACAGAGAAGAAUGUGUUAGUUUGAAAUUAGGCAUUUUAAUUUUCUAAAAUUCUCUAUUUCAGAACGUAGAUAACUUCUGUUUGCACUAUGAAGAGAGAGAGCAGAGCAGACAUUAUUUCUGUAUUUCUGUUAGUAUUUUCAAGUGCGUCUUCUAAAAACUAAUUUCAACUUCUUUUAGGGAAUAUAUGAAAUGCUUGGUUCUCUUCUUCCUACCACUGUAAAGUUCCUUAUUAAACUUCCAGGAACAAAGUUAUUUUAACAUCCUUUUUCACCUUAACAAAACAAAGCCAGCGAUCCUAAAAGAUUUACACGUUUGAUGAAUUGUCUUACUGCAGCCAGUGAUGUUACUCAUGUGAGUAAACUUAAAUGUAUAUGCAGGUGGGCAAGAUCAGGGCCCAAGUCAAAAGUAUUGACCAAAUCAUUGGAUGUUUAUGAUAGAAAAUGAGGGAAUAAGUUAUGGGAUGAAAAUAACCUUGUCAUUGUGGGAUACUUAAGUUCUUGUGGCAAAAGAAAAUGAUGUAAUUUGAAACUGCUAUUUUUUUGUUCUAGAUGUCUCUCUUUUUCCUCCUUUGCCAGCUUUGUGGCGACUCACUUGCCUGCCUCCUUUUCAGACAGAUAAGAUGCAUUCAAAUGUUAAUCUAAUCUAAAAAACUAAAUUGUGAACUUUACUGCAUUAAAUUCCAUCUGUAAAAGGUUACUGAGUGCCCUGGCAACUCUGCAGUGAUUGUACUAACAGUGCUGUCUUUCCUGCCCUGCUUUAGUUAAUACUGCUAUUAGAACUACUAGAUAAUUUUAACUGAAGAAGGCUGAAAUGUGAGAUUCAUAAUGGCUUGAAAUUUAUUCUUACAAGAACGUGAUUUAAAGUACCCUGGACAACACUGAGGAAGCACUGCUGGCACUGAGAAGGACUUCAUGCAAGCAUGACAUGGGAUGUGCUAGACAUGUCUUGUGACUUCUGAAUUGCUGGGGUAAAAGGUCUACUGCAAUAAAUCAAAACGUUAUAUUCUUUUUUGAUGUGAAUGAAAAUGUGGUGACGGAAGCUAGAUGAAAAAUCCUGUAUUUCAUGAAUUCAUAAUCCUAAUCCAGGAUUUACUACCUGUGAGAACCAAAACCCCAAGUAUGUACUUUUAUAUUCAGUCCUUCUGAAGACUCUUACGUUACACCGGUUCCAGGCAGGGAAAGGAAUAAAGAAAUGGAUAAUCUCUUCAGAAUUUUCCAUAUGCCUUGUACAGAGAAUAGUGGAUCAAGUGUUUUAAACAAAGGAAGGAAGGAAACUGAUUUCGUGCCAAGAGAUUGAAACCUCCUGAUCUCUUAACAAGCUGGGUUAUUUUGCUGCCAACAAAACAGUUUCCUCACUUUAAACAGCUCCUUUUCAUCUGCAAAACUAACAGCAGUGGAGAAAGCAGGCUCUGCGGAAUGGCAGUGCUGUAAGAAUCUGCUCUAGUUAACACUGGGACUGAUUCACAUUCAAAUUUAGGUAUGGACCAGAAAACACACAGUUCCAGGUGUGGGAUGUCCUCAGAUGGUUCCUAACCAAAUUUUACUUUUUUUUUUUUUUUUUCUCAAAGGACAUGAAAGUUGCUGGCUUUGCAAAUGUUGAUCACCUACUGCACAAAAAUUAACUGCCUUUGCUAUUGAAUAAAAUAUGCCCCUGAUUUUCAGGAUUCCA